GGGAACCACGAUGACGUCACCGGAUCUCUGGAACACCCUGGAGGACCUGACAGAGGAACAGUUCAAGCACUUCAAGUGGUUCCUGAAGCGGGAUGAAAUCCUGGAGGGCUCUUUAAGAAUCUCAGAGGCCCGGUUGGAGAAGGCAGACCGGCAGGACACUGUGGACCUGAUGGUGCAGAAAUAUCAGGGUCCCGGAGCACUGAAGGUCACCUUGAAGGUUUUAGAAAACAUCAACAGGAAUGAUCUGGCACAAUGUUUGUUACAAACCAGCUCAACACCGAAAGACCUCAAAAGCCAUAACUCGGUUUUUCAAAAUACCGAGUGUGGGAGAAAGAAGGCAAAGCUGGCAGCCACAAAGGCUGAAAUUAAGCUUAUGAUCCAGGAGAGACGGAUGAAGAUCUGGGAAAUCAAUCGCUCUGUAAAGUUCAGCAGUAAAUCUGCAGAGAAGCACAUCGCAGACAGCAUGCAGACAUUUGCCUAUUUGCAGCAGUUAGUCGAGAGAAGCCUGGCUAACCUCAUCGAUGCAAUCGAAGGAAAGCGGGAAACGACACGGAAGCACGCCGAGGGAUUCGUUCGAGAGCUGGAGCAGGAAAUCUCCGAGCUGACGAAGAGAUUAAAUGAGGUUGAGCAGCUCUCACAAACCGAAGACCACGCUGACUUCUCUUUUAUGAAUGCUAUUCCACCCAAGAACUGGACAGAAGUCAGCAUCCCUCCACCCUCAUAUGGGCAAUCUGUGGGCACCUCCGUGAAUCAGUUGGUGGAAAUAAUUGCACAAGAGAAGGAGAAAUUGAUAAGUAAGGCCAAGCUGAACAGGGUCCAGCAGUUUGCAAAGGAUGUGACUCUAGAUGCUGAUACAGCGAAUCCCUAUCUCAUUUUGUCCAACGAUGGCAAAGAGGUUUACUGUGGUGAUGUGGAACGAAUCCUCCCCGACAACCCAGACAGAUUUAAUCGUGCUCUAAAUGUCUUGGGAAAGCAGGGUUUCUCCUCAGGGAGACACUAUUACGAGGUUGGGGUUAAGGGGAAGACUUCCUGGGAUUUAGGUGUUGUCAAAGAGUCACUCGACAGGAAGGGGUCCAUCUCAGCGAGCCCCGAGAACGGCUACUGGACUAUAUGUUUAAGGGAAGGGGAGAAGUACAAAGCCUUUGGUGGCCGUCUCACUGUAAAAAUUCCCCCGAAGAAGGUGGGCGUGUUUGUGGAUUACGAGAAGGGUUCGGUCUCCUUUUAUGACGUGGAUUCUGCAGACCUUAUCCACAGCUUUACAGGCUGCUCCUUCACUGAGAAACUCUACCCAUUCUUCAGUCCCUGUUGUCGUUAUAAUGGUAAAAACUCCACCCCUCUGACCAUUUCUCCUGUCAGUUACAUCGAUUAGAUUUGAUCGAUGAUCCACUUGAAAAUGGUUCUGCAAUUUAUGAAAGAUAAUUUAAACUUAUCAAUUGUGAUUUUAGUGAUGUUACAACAAUGUAGGAGAAGAGGCAAAUGCUCUGAAAACCAAAAUGUAUUGCUUGUAGUACCCCCUUGUGCCACUAGAUGGUCACACUUCUCCCUGCUGCA